GGGAUCUGGGCCGAUUUUCUUUUAUUUCCACCAGAGUUACAAGCAAUUGCAUAUCAAGACAAAGAAACAAUCACUUAGUUGGUAACGAAACAUGUCUGGUGAGAAAAAACCUCUUUUAGAUGCUUCCGGCAGAGAUAUUGGCCCUGAAGACUCUACCGCCACUGCGAUCUUGCGGAGAAAGAAGAAGGACAACGCUUUGGUUGUCGAUGAUGCCACCAACGAUGACAACUCUAUAAUCUCGAUGACUUCGAACACCAUGGAGAAGUUACAAUUGUUCCGUGGUGACGCCGUCUUGGUGAAAGGCAAAAAAAGAAAAGACACCGUUUUGGUUGUCUUGGUCGACGAUGAUAUGGAAGAUGGUGUCUGCAGAAUCAACAGAGUUGCUAGAAACAACUUAAGAGUUAGGUUGGGAGAUGUUGUUGUCAUCCAUCCAUGUCCUGACAUCAAAUUUGCCACCAGAAUCUCGGUGUUACCUAUUGCAGACACAAUCGAAGGUUUAACAGGUUCGUUGUUCGACGUCUUUCUAAAGCCUUACUUCGUUGAUGCAUACAGACCGGUAAGAAAGGGUGACCAUUUUGUCGUCAGAGGUGGUAUGAGACAAGUUGAGUUCAAGGUUGUCGAAGUCGAGCCUGAGGAUUACGCUAUCGUCUCUCAGGAUACUAUAAUACACUCCGAAGGCGAACCAAUCAACAGAGAAGACGAGGAAAACAACCUGAACGAAGUCGGUUACGACGAUAUUGGUGGUUGUAGAAAGCAAAUGGCUCAAAUCAGAGAAUUGGUUGAGUUGCCUUUGAGACAUCCUCAAUUGUUCAAGGCUAUUGGUAUCAAGCCACCAAAGGGUAUCUUGAUGUACGGUCCUCCGGGUACUGGUAAGACCUUGAUGGCCAGAGCAGUUGCAAACGAAACUGGUGCGUUCUUUUUCUUGAUAAAUGGUCCAGAAAUCAUGUCCAAGAUGGCAGGUGAAUCGGAAUCCAAUUUGAGAAAAGCUUUCGAGGAAGCUGAAAAGAAUGCUCCUUCCAUUAUAUUCCUUGAUGAAAUCGAUUCGAUUGCUCCAAAGAGAGACAAGACCAACGGUGAAGUCGAGAGAAGAGUUGUUUCGCAAUUAUUGACCUUGAUGGACGGUAUGAAGGCAAGAGCCAAUGUUGUUGUCAUUGCUGCCACUAAUAGACCAAAUUCUAUUGACCCAGCAUUGAGAAGAUUUGGUAGAUUUGACAGAGAAGUCGAUAUUGGUAUCCCAGAUGCAACUGGUAGAUUGGAAGUUUUACGUAUUCAUACCAAGAAUAUGAAGCUAGCUGAUGAUGUCGAUUUGGAAAAGAUUGCUUCCGAAACUCAUGGUUACGUUGGUGCCGAUAUUGCAUCCUUAUGUUCUGAAGCUGCUAUGCAACAAAUUAGAGAAAAGAUGGAAUUAAUUGAUUUGGAAGAAGAAAAUAUCGAUGCAGAAAUUUUGGACUCAUUGGGUGUCACUAUGGACAAUUUCAGAUUUGCCCUUGGUAACUCGAACCCAUCUGCAUUGCGUGAAACUGUUGUUGAGAGUGUCAAUGUUACCUGGGACGACAUAGGAGGUUUGGACAGUAUCAAGCAAGAAUUGAAAGAAACUGUGGAAUAUCCAGUCUUACACCCAGAUCAAUAUGCCAAGUUUGGAUUGGCGCCUUCUAAGGGUGUUUUGUUUUUUGGACCUCCAGGUACUGGUAAGACUUUGUUGGCAAAAGCAGUUGCAACCGAAGUUUCUGCAAACUUUAUUUCUGUCAAGGGUCCUGAGUUGUUGAGUAUGUGGUAUGGUGAAUCCGAAUCUAAUAUCAGGGAUAUUUUUGACAAGGCUAGAGCUGCUGCACCAACCGUUGUGUUCUUGGAUGAAUUAGAUUCUAUUGCUAAGUCUAGAGGUGGAAACAUGGGUGACGCCGGAGGUGCAUCCGAUAGAGUUGUUAACCAAUUAUUAACAGAAAUGGAUGGUAUGAACGCAAAGAAGAACGUUUUUAUUAUUGGUGCUACCAAUAGACCAGAUCAAAUUGACCCAGCUAUUUUGAGACCUGGUAGAUUGGAUCAAUUGAUAUAUGUUCCAUUACCUGAUGAAGAAGCUAGACUGUCCAUCAUGAACGCACAAUUAAGAAAGACACCAUUGGAACCAGGAUUAGACUUAAGAGCAAUUGCUAAGCUAACCAACGGUUUUUCAGGUGCUGAUUUAUCAUACAUUGUUCAAAGGGCUGCCAAGUUUGCAAUCAAAGAUUCCAUCGAGGCACAAAAGGCAUUUGAAGACUCACAGCAAGUUAAGAAGGAAGGUGAAGAAGCUGAUGUUGUAAUGGAAGAUCAACCAGAUCCAGUUCCAUAUAUCACCAAGUCUCAUUUUGAAGAAGCUAUGAAGACUGCUAAGAGAUCUGUGUCUCCUGCGGAAUUGAGAAGAUAUGAAGCUUACGCACAACAACUGCAAUCUUCUAGGGGCCAAUUAAGCUCUUUCAAGUUUGACCCAGCACCUGGUGCAUCUCAACCUGCUGGUGAGACAUCCACUGCUGCUGACGGCGGGGCGUCUUUUGGUAAUGUUGAAGAGGAAGAUGAUUUGUACAAUUGAUUUUUGUUAUAGUUGUUUGUUCAGCUUUUAGUUAAAUAUCCCUUAAUAAAUAGAUAAAGAAUGAAUAUAUUGAGUUGGGCAUAUACAUAGGUGAAGUAAGCAGAUCACUUUCAUAUUAUCUUAUGAUUUUCGAAUGGAUAAGCGCAUGAUUAAGUAGUAUUAAAGGAAUACAUAAAUAGAAGUAUAUCAACAAUUUCUAAAAACAAUGAAUGAGUAGAGAAAGGGUGAAAUAAGGGGAAAAGAAAGGUUUAAAGAACUGAAGAACAAAAAAAAGGAAUGUCAACGGUGGCGAUCCUGAGUGACCGAAAUGUAAAUUAUAGUGGUUUGAUUGGUAUCGUAUCCAGGCAAAAGCAUGAAAUCUGUUGAGCGAGUGAAUUUAUGUGACAAGGGUGACAACGUUAUCAAU